ACUAGUAUCGAUAGGAGGUCGUAUAAGACCGUUGGCGGAAUAAAACUGAUAUUAAUAAGAGGACAAAUUAAGGGCGUUGGCUGGUUUAAUGAACAUUGCUAUGAAUAUUCCACAUUUCAAAGUAUCUAUGGUAGUGGAAACAUUACAGUAUAUAAGGCUAGCGUAUUAACAGCAAUAUUACAGUCAACAUUCAGCAACUAGAACUUCUUCAUCAUCUAUAACAAUUCAGCUUCAAGAUGUCUUACAGAACUUCGAUCAUCGAUUCCGGAUCAGAGAACGAAUUUGAGUCCCUGGACACAAAAAAGCCUUCUACUUCAAAGCAGGUCAAAACAUCGUUAAAAAGAGGGGCUGAAAAAACAGUAGACAAAAAAAACAAAAAAAAACAGAUGAAAACAAGUUCAUCAUACAGAGAAAUUCUCGAAGAGAAAUUGCGGGCGGAAGAAUUUGAUGAAGAGAUUUUUAAUUCUGUCACUUUUCGUCAGGGAGAUGGUUUGGCUACCAUCAAAAGCCAAUUUAAUCCAGACGAAAAGCCGACGGAUUAUUGGACGAUAACACAUUACAAGUGUGCGAAUAUACACAACGUCCCAACAAAGGAAAGGUGGCGACACUCUGAGGCAUCUGUCAAGGUGACGACAUCGGACAAGUCAAAAGAUCAGACUCUCAAUACAAGUUUAAACGAGACCAUGCAGGUUAUAUUUGAUGUAAUUUUGAAAGACCCGGAACGUCGUACAAUAAGAAAUAAAUUAGCCGCAUGAAAAAAAAAAAAAUGUAGUAUAAAAAU